AUGUUGCUGAUUAAAAAAAAACUGAACAUGCCUUUUAUACCCAGUCACCUACGCGACCUAGACCGCUUGGUAAUUAGCCGAACCACCUCCUCUACCUCGUCCUCCUCUCCUUCCUCCUCAUCAACUGUUUCCUCCUCUUCCUCCACACUCUCCCCUCCCCAUCCCAUUCCUUCUUUUUGCCCUUCCUCUCCCCGUUACCUCCACCCCUACCUCCUGCACCCCCACUUCUCCCUACACCUCUAUCCCCUCCCUUCCCCUUGUUUCCCUUCUCAGCCCCACCCUUCCCGACAGUCUUUGAACCCCCGCCCUCUGCCCGCGAUUCCACACCACGCCUCCCCAUAUCCACCGUCGUACAAGCAGCAAGCAAUGACCGUCCACUCUGCAUGUGCCGUCCACUCUUCGUCCCCCCAUUUGCCUCUGGCGCCCGAACCACCAUUCCCUUCCCUCCGCCUUCCCCUCCUCCCCUCCCUCCCUCCCCUCCCUCCUGCACUCGUCCACACUGUAGAUAGAUCUGAGGCAGCAGUGGUGUGCAGGGAGGGUGUGUGCAGGGAGGGUGUGUGCAGGGAGGGUGUGUGCAUGGAGGGUGUGUGCAUGGAGUGUGUGUGCAUGGAGGGUGUGUGCAGGGAGGGUGUGUGCAUGGAGGGUGUGUGCAUGGAGGGUGUGUGCAGGGAGGGUGUGUGCAGGGAGGGUGUGUGCAUGGAGGGUGUGUGCAUGGAGGGUGUGUGCAUGGAGGGUGUGUGCAUGGAGGGUGUGUGCAUGGAGGGUGUGUGCAUGGAGGGUGUGUGCAUGGAGGGUGUGUGCAUGGAGGGUGUGUGCAUGGAGUGUGUGUGCAUGGAGGGUGUGUGCAUGGAGGGUGUGUGCAUGGAGUGUGUGUGCAUGGAGUGUGUGUGCAUGGAGUGUGUGUGCAUGGAGUGUGUGUGA